UGGGCCUCUUCGAUUUUCGUUGUUCAGGCAGCCAGACGGCAGCUCUCUGACAGGAAAUGACGUCAUGCUGGCAUUGUGGUCACAUGGGCCAAAAGUUACCGGCAAGUCUCGGGCAGCCCGAGGCGGCCGCGAGCCUCGCGAAAUCGAAGAGCCGGCAGCUGGCGCUACCGUGCCGACGCUGCUAGACGCUGCCGUUCGCUCAGUGUCGUCUGCUCCGUCAUCUGCUUGUAGAAGAUGGCGGCUGCGGCGGACGAGAUUGCCGUGCUGCUUCAAGCAGCAAUCGAACUGUUGGAUGCAUACGAGGCUAUUGAAGAGGAACGUGACGAAGUGGACGAGCAUGCCAUAAACCUUUUGGUGGCUCGAUUUGUGAGGCAGGAUCGGCACAGGGUUCCCCUGUACGUGGAGCGGGUUGUGCCGGCAUACAUGGACAUGGAGUUUAAGAAGAUGUUUCGACUUUCCAGAAGCUCAGUUGCGGCUGUUGUCGAAGAAUUUGAAAAGUCAGCGUUUUACCCUCAAGGUUCGCAUGGACGGAAACAGUUGUCAGCUGAGAAGACGGUACUGAUAACGCUGACAUACCUCGGCACGCAAACUACAAUGUAUGCGAUUGCUGACAAAUUCGAUGUCUGCGAGUCAAGCGUACACACUUCAAUCCGGCGUGUUCUCGACUUCUUGAUGUGUAUCAGCGCAAGAGAGAUUAAAUGGCCCAACGGCAACGACGUCGUACGAAGCAAGAGGGCAUUUCGAGCUCUCUAUCACCGCCGGGGCGUGGAAGCCGGCCUGCCAGAUGUCAUUGGGGCUGUCGACGGAUGCCACAUCCGAAUAUCAAGACCCUCCGAGUCAGAGGAAAGUUAUUUCAAUAGAAAGAAGUUUCACUCGAUAAUCUUACAGGGAGUCUGCAACGCCGACAUGAUGUUUACGCACGUUUUCAUCGGCUUUCCUGGCAGCGCACACGAUGCCCGGGUACUGCAGGAAAGCUCCCUUUUCCGAGAUGCCGGAACGAAGUGCGAAGGAGGUUACCUGAUCGGCGACUGUGCCUAUCCAUUGCUGGUCUGGCUGCAGACCCCAUACCGUCAAUGCGGAGCGAGUUGGCAGCCAUGGAUGGAGGCCUUCAACGCAACCCACUGCAAGCAGCGGGUCGUCAUCGAAGGAGCUUUCGGCCUGUUAAAGGCCCGCUUCCGACGACUGGCGUACGUUGAUGUCGCUACCAUCCCGCAAGCUGUGGACAUCGUGAUGGCGGCCUGCGUCCUCCACAAUAUUGCCAGCAGGAGCGGCGACGCCGUGGACGAUGAGGAGCAAGUGGACAGCGGAACAAAUGUUUUGUAUAAUGACCCAGACAGCGGGGUAGAGGCAUCGGUCCUUGCAACAACUGUCCGCGACACCAUAGCACAGGCUCUGUAGUCUUGACGGAGCAUUCUUGAAUUAAGUUUUGUUUGUUUUGUCUGAGUCCUUUUUUUUAUUAUACACUAAACAUGUUUAUGGUUGCUCAGUACGUGUCCGUGUCAUC